CUGGCGCCGCACCCUGAACGUGGACCCUCCCUGGCUGAGACGAGCGCCCGCCCGCUGACACGACACGCUCACGAACACCUGACCCUUGUGGACUGGCCAGCUCUCUCCCACUUGACAUCCGCAUCUCAUCUCCAACGAGCCAUGAAGGUAACUGAGCAGCAGGUCAGGGUAAUGCAGGGACCUUGGAGCCCUGCAUCAGUAGCGAGGGACGAGGUGCUCCGCGGACAUGAGGAACCCUUCUACAUCAUGGACCUAGGAGAGGUGGCCCGAAGGUAUAACACGUGGAAGGAGCUCAUGCCGCGCGUACAACCCUUCUAUGCUGUGAAAUGCAACGACGACAAGUUGUUAGUGAGCACACUGGCUGCGUUGGGAGCAGGCUUCGACUGCGCCUCGAAGGCUGAGAUAGAACUGGUCACUGGACUUGGGGUCACGCCUGAUCGUAUAAUCUUCGCCAACCCGGCCAAGCUGUCGUCUCACAUCCGCUACGCGCGCGAGGCGGGCGUCACCACGCUCACUGUUGAUUCAGACACGGAGCUGCUCAAGAUAAAACAACACAUGCCUGACGCUGAACUGGUGGUCCGGAUCCGUUGCGACGCGUCAUCAGCUCAGUGUCCUCUGGGCAUCAAGUUCGGCUGCGACCCGCUGCUGGAGGCGCCGCGACUACUCAAGCUGGCCGCCGUGCUCGGACUUAAUGUGGUAGGUAUAUCUUUCCACGCGGGUUCGGGCGCGGGCGAGACAGCUGUUUAUUCGCGCGGCAUCCGGCUAGCUCGCGCCUUGUUCGAGGCGGGCGACGCCGCGGGGCACCGCAUGUCUUUACUGGACCUGGGGGGCGGCUUCCCCGGACAUCACGGCUCCUCUAUACGAGAGGUAUCACAAGUCAUUUCCGAGGCCCUCUCCACGUACUUCCCCAGCGGUGGGGUGCGUGUGAUAGCGGAGCCCGGUCGCUACUUCGCAGCAGCCGCUUACACUCUGUUCACACUCGUACACGCCAAGAGACAGUUGCCCGCUGAAGGCGAGGCCCCGCCUCACACCAUGUACUUCAUCAACGACGGUGUGUACGGCUCCUUCAACUGUGUGCUCUACGACCAUCAGAUAGUGACGCCGGAACUACUACAAGAGUCUCCCGAGUCCCCCACUCCAUGUUCCAUCUGGGGUCCGUCGUGUGACGGUCUCGACUGUGUGAUCGGCUCGUGUCAGCUGCCCCCCCUCUCUAUCGGCUCGUGGCUCGUGUGGCGCAACAUGGGCGCCUACACCAUCCCCGUCGCUUCGCCCUUCAACGGCUUCCCAGUGCCCACGGUCAAACCCGUCUUGGACUACCGGCUGUGGGUGCUCCUCCGCGACGUGUGGUCGUCCACGGGCGCGGUGUUCAGUCACUCGUCCCCGCCGCCGUCUUCACCCGCGGACUGCAGCCCCUCAUCCUCACUGUCACCCUCCCCCUCCCCCGAGGGGUGGGCGCGGGGCAACGACCUCUGCGAGCUGCCCAACUGUUAA